CACCACGUUUCCCCCGGUGUUCCCUUAUCUAUUGCCCACGCUCUGCCCGGACGCACCAUGAAUCGGUUCCAAUUCGGCGACUCCGACGGGUCUGUCUCCGACUUCGAUGAAGACCCAUCCGGCCUCCCCUUCCCGGAACCGCUAUCCCGCACCUCAUUCCUCGCCCCUGACUUCGAUCCAGCUACUUUCCUGUCGUCAUUAACGAAUCGACAUCAGAGUCUUGAGGAUCUGCGACAGGAAUUGCGGGGACUAGAGCAAUUUUUGAACAAGGAGCUGUUGGAUCUUGUCAAUGAGAACUACCAGGACUUUCUCUCGCUCGGCAGCGCGCUUCGCGGGGGUGAGGAGAAAGUCGAAGGUGUGAAAGUCGGCGUGCUUUCUUUCCAGCGCGAUGUCAAAGCUAUCCGGGACAAGGUCGAGGCGCGACGUCAGGAAGUGGAAGAGCUGUUGAAUGAGAAGCGACGGCUGCGAACGAACGCCGACGUUGGAAAAGAUCUGUUGGACUAUGCGGAUCGGGUGGAGGAAUUGGAACACCGGUUGAUGAUCGAGGACAAGUCAUUGCAAGAAGAUGCACCGGAUGAAUCGGAUACAGAGUCCGAUUUGUACAGCGGCGAGAGCGAAGACAGCGAUGACGAUGAGCUAGCGGAUGGCACACCCGCAAUUUCAUUGAAGAGGAUGGAACGGCAUGCCCAGAAAUUUGUCUAUUUGACCUCGAUAGCUGCCCGGGUCGGCGAAAAGCAUCCCUUUCUACUUGCGCAGCAACCACGAGUCGCAAAGAUCAAGUCCACAGUGCUCCUGGAUCUCAAAUCUGCUUUGGAGCAGGCCACCGCAGCAGGUAGUAAACAGGGCAAACGCGAUGCUAGAACGAUGGCAGUUCUGCGCCUCUACGAUCUCAUGGGCGAGGAUGUUAGUGCCGUCGCCGCGCUAAAGAACCUCAAGCUGUAAAAACAACGUGCUAGGUCCUGAAAUUUGGCAAUGUGCAUUGGUUUGCAUACAUAGCGUCGGC